CAACGAACUGAAUCGCAUAUAAAGUAGGAACCACAACACUAUCAAAGCACUACACUGCUAAACAAUAUUUUUUUCGAUUCUCAAAAAACAAAACAAAACAAAAGAAAGCUUUCUUUAUCCUUUCAUCGACAAGAUCAGUGCCAUGUCCGGAGACCAAACUGCACCACCGGUUUCCACCAUUGAUCCCUAUGAGUACCUCCAAAUCAUCCAAAACAGUGACGGUACCAUCAAACGUCUCUACGAAAUUCCUAGCACCCCUGCCGCACCUGAUCACAACGGUUCCACCCCUGUGAUCACCAAAGAUGUCACUCUCAACCCAAAUCACAACACUUGGGUCCGAAUAUUCUUACCUCGCCAAGCACUAGAUAACACCUCCACCAACAACAGUGUCGGUAAUACAAAACUUCCUCUCAUUGUGUACUACCAUGGUGGUGGUUUUAUUCUUUUAAGUGCUGAUUCCACCAUGAAUCAUGACUUUUGCUUCAACAUGGCACUUCAACUCUCCGCCGUGAUCGUCUCCGUCGAAUACCGUCUCGCUCCCGAGCACCGCCUUCCUGCGGCGUACGACGAUGCAGUGGAAGCGUUACAUUGGAUCAAAUGUACACAAGAAAAAUUGUUACGUGACUUUGCUGAUUAUUCCAAGUGUUUUCUAAUGGGUACUAGUGCGGGUGGCAAUAUAGCCUAUCACGUGGGGCUACGUGCAUCUACAGCCGUUGGUGAUUUUGAACCAUUGAAGAUCAAAGGGCUGAUUUUGCACCACCCGUUCUUUGGUGGGUCAAAAAGGACUGAAUCCGAGCUAAGGUUGCUCAACGCUCCAGUUUUGCCACUAUGCAGUACUGAUUUGAUGUGGAAAUUGGCUUUGCCAAUUGGGGUUGACCGUGAUCAUGAGUAUUGCAAUCCAACGGUGGGUGAUGGAUUUGAUCAAUUUGAUCAAAUUAGAGAGCUGGGUUGGUGGGUUGUGGUGACAGGUUGUGAUGGAGACCCAUUGAUAGACCGUCAGAUGGAGCUGGUAGAAAUGUUGAAGAAGAAGGGUGUUAAGGUAGAGGCACAAUUUAAUGAAGGAGAUUAUCAUGGGGUGGAGCUAAUGGAUGCCACGAAAGCUAAUGCACUGUCUGUGUUCCUAAGGCAUUUCCUAGAAAAAUGCUGCUAGGAUGGUUUCCCGGUUCUCGAUUCCACUUGGAAACAUAUGCUGUUUUCUUUUAUUUUCUAUGAAUAAAUUUUUUAUUCAAUAAGCAAAUUAAAUUUUGUUUCUUAUGAGUGUUCUCUAAUUCUGUGUACUGUAAAGGUUUACAAGUAAGCUGGAAUAGAUAAAUUCAGCCUCAAAUCCACAACAAUUAUGAGUU